AUGGCAUGUCCAGAAGGGAAAAAAGUUUCUUUUGGUAUAUAUACUCUAGUGGAAGAAGCUGAGUAUUGGUGGGAGAAUACUCGCCAAUGCCUAGAUGCUGAAGGUCAAGAGGUGACUUGGGAUGUCUUCAAGAGGGUGUUUUUGGAGAAAUACUUUCUUGAGGAUGUUACGAAUAAGAAAGAGAUGGAGUUCUUGGAGCUCAAGCAGGGAAACAUGACUGUAGCUGAAUAUGCAGCCAAGUUUGAGGAGCUGGUGAGGUACUUUCCCCAUUAUCAAGGGAGAGAUGGUGAAAGUUCCAAGUGUGUGAAGUUUCUGAAUGGCUUGCGACCUGAUGGUGUCCGUCAGUUUCCACUCUUGGUUAACAUGUGCCGAAUUCGGGAUGAAGACUCUCAUGAUAGAGCAAGCUAUUAUAAGAGUACAGGUCCAAUGAAGAACAAAAAGAAUGGACCUCAACAUCGGGGAAAGCCGUACUCGACCCCUCCCAAGCAAUAUGGUAACCGCCCCAACAAUCAGAGGACUGCUACAACGGGGUUGGUGGGGGGUAGUGGUAGCAAACCCAAUACUUUCCCCACUCAAAUCACUUGUUACAGAUCACUUGGUUAA